AUGGUGACUAUCGAAACUUCAGAAGCUCCCGCUCCAGGCUGGAAAUGCCCACAAUGUGGACUCCCUGGGGUGCGUUUAUCGAAUGAGACUACCGACCGAGCGUACUACAAAUGCGUUCCAUGCAAUCGCUCCCUGGGAUUUUGCCCUUGCACCACACCCGGCGCCCGAACAACCUCAACAUGCCCGUGUGGCGAAAACAGUGAUGCCGAAUCACCCGGCCUCGAGGAGGUGCCGCGAGGUGUCUCUAUGCUUGCUACGAAGAAGCAAUCGUUCAACCCACACAACCCGAACCCCGGAUUUGAUGAGGAUUGGGAGUCAAAUUGCAGCCCGGGCUUCAUGGUUUCAAGAUUCAAGGCUGUGGGCAUGGAAUUGCUUCCGAGUGCGUGA